AAUUGGACUUUCAUCAAAUUUAGUACGUAAGCUAGAUCUACUGGCCAUUAGCCAAAGAGAAACGAGCAGCAACAUCGCUGUUUUUGCCUAUCUUCCAGAUAAAGAACGGAAGCUCCCAAAAAAAAAAAAGUGCUUCAGACAAUAUGGAGACCAUAAACACCGACGAGCCAGUGACGCCGGCUGGCCGGCUAUUUCUCCAGGCGGAAAUGAACCAGAUAAUCAACUGUGCGAUCGGAGUAAAGAAUACCCUAGACAUCGACGCCGUAAAAUCAGAAAUCACAACUUCCAUAAUGCUCAAGCAACCGAGGUUCAGCAGCCUCCUAAUUAUAGACUCCCACGGCCGAGAGCACUGGCGCAGAACCCAAGUCAACGUCGACCGCCAUGUCAUAGUUCGCGACGAGCCCGUAACCAACGGUGACCCCUCCAUCUCCCAAGAAGACGCCGUCAACGACUACAUCGCCGACCUUGCCGUUUCCUCGCCGCUCAGCACAGACAAGCCCUUGUGGGAAGUCCAUCUAUUAAUGGCGCAUAACUGCCUGGUUGUGCGGCUGCACCACGCGCUUGGAGAUGGGAUCUCUUUAAUGUCCAUGUUCUUAACGAUUUGCCGGAAAGCUGAUGACCCGAGCCAGAUGCCAACUAUUGGCGGCGUGGGGACUUCUUUGGCUUCUUCUGGUGGGCAGAGAAGGAAGUGGAGGACGGCCUUGUGGAGGGCGCUUUUGGUGGUCUGGUAUACGUUGGUGUUUGUGGUGGAGUUUUUGUUGAGGAGCUUGUGGUUGAAGGAUAGCAGGACUGCCGUGAGCGGCGGAGCUGGGGUAGAGCUCUGGCCCAGGAAGUUGGCCACGGCCAAGUUCAGGCUUGAUGAUAUGAAGGUUGUCAAAAGAGCAGUGGCGGAAGCGACCAUCAAUGACGUUCUUUUCGGCGUAGUCUCUUGUGGGCUUUCGAGAUACCUCGACAUCCGAUCGCCCAAUGCCUUGCAAGAUGGGAUUCAGAUGACUGGACUUUCCAUGGUUAAUUUAAGACCUCAACCGGGCCUGCAGGAUUUCUCAAAGCUGCUGGAUAGCAAAUCCGGCACCCGCUUUGGGAAUCAAUUUGGUAUGCUGCUGCUACCCGUUUACUAUCAUAAAGGAGGUUCUGAUCCCCUCCAAUUUGUAAGGAGAGCGAAAGCUAUGAUUGACAAGAAAAAGCUAUCAUUAGAGGCACUUUUCUCGUACAAAAUUGGGUAUUUCGUCAUGUCUUGCUUCGGAGCAAAGUUGGCCGGCUUGCUUAAUUAUAGGAUUGUCUGUAACACCACGUUCACAAUCUCGAAUGUGGUCGGCCCUCGGGAGGAGAUCACAAUUAUAGGCAAUCCGGUGACUUACCUGAGAGCCAAUACCUCAAGCCUGCCCCAUGCCGUUACCGUGCAUAUGGUUAGCUAUGCAGGAAGAGCUGAUUUGCAAAUAUUGGUGGCUAAAGAUAUCAUCCCCGAUCCCCAACUUCUGGCCAGGUGUUUCGAAGAUGCUCUGCUCGAAAUGAAAGAAUAUGCAGAGGCAGCCAACACGACUCGAAAAGAAAAGUAAUCGCUUGUGUGCUGAGGAUCACAAUUGUGCGGAUAAGAAAUCAUCUUUCAUCUUAACAGAAAGCAUGGAACCAGUGUUCUAUUUUAUCUAACUACUAUAUAAAAACCACCUAAGAGUAUCUUCACCAAGAAGUGCCAUGUGGAUAAUUUAAACUGAUUUGGCAUUCUUUGAUUGAUUUGUUGUUUUAAAACUAUUUUUACCAACAAUUGUCAUCUGCAAUUGACCACUUGAACAUGUGUCUUUUGUAUAUGUUUAACUCAUUUAAUUUUCCACUCAAUUAAAUGAGUUGAGCUUGUGGAUAUUAAAAUGAAGAUUGAAUUAUGCACUCA